AUGAAUUCAAUUUACAAAACAAAGAAUAUUGAUAAAGCUAUUUCUGAUCCAGUCGUACAAAAUGAAGCGCGUCGUUAUUCUAUUCGUACACGUCUUGCUUUUUUACCUGAUGAAAAUAUUGGUCAAUCAUGGUUUUUUCGUUUCUUAACAUUAGUUUAUUAUUAUCCAUUUGUUUAUUUUCAUGGAUUUGAAAUGGAAGGAAUCGAAAAAAUAGAUCCUAAUGAAGGUUAUCUUUUUAUUGCUCGACAUUCUACACAUAAUGCUGACAUAUUGGGAACUAUUGUAUGCAUAUAUCAUAUGACAGGACGAGUUUUUCGAUCUUUAAUGCAUCGAUCUUUAAAACUAUUUUUUCCUGCUUUACGAUUCAUGGGUGCUGUACCAGGUGAACAAAAAAGUGCAUUAUCAUUAUUAAAAAGUGGAUUUUGGGUAGGUGUUAUGCCAGGUGGAGCAGAUGAAGGUAUGAUUGGUCAUGAAAAUGCAUAUAAAGUAUAUUGGCCUAAAAAACGAAAAGGUUUUGCUCAAAUUGCUAUUAAUGCUGAAGUACCCAUUGUUCCCUUAUUUGUGUCAAAUGUUGAGGAAAUGCGUUGGAAUCCGAUACUUUGUAUUUGGAAUCUUUUAGGACUUGGUCGUUUAUUUUCUUAUAUACUUAAAUUAGAUAUUCCAUAUGUUAGUCCAAUUAUACUUCUAGUUGCUACAAUGGCAUGGUUUACGGCAACAUUUAUUCAAAUUCCAAUACCUGCUAAAAUAACAUUACAUGUUGGUGAUCCUGUACAAUAUGAUAUGUCAAAAGAUUCAGUUGAUGAUGUUGUUGAACGAGCUAGAACUAGUUUGCAAUCAUUGAUUAAUCGUCAUCAACCAUAUGGAAAAUCCUAUUCAAAUGCUGUUAAAGAAAGAUUUCAAUGUUUAAUCAAACAUUGGAAACAAAGAUCAAGUGAAGCAAAAUGCUAUUCGUAA